UGUGCUUGGUCAGGAGAGGCAGAUUCCUUUCUCAAUGGAAAAAAACAUUGCUUUUAGCUUUUUACUCCUCUUUUUAUGUGUAGGAUUUUCAGUCUCUGUGGAUCAAAUGUUUGUAAGAAUGGAUGGAAGUUCACAUGCAUUUUCAUACCAAGAGCUGCCCCAAAGAAAUGACCGACGUUAUGAGGGUGGUGUGAAGCCAAAACGUAACUUAAAACAAAUAGCAAUUACACAGGUGGUCAGUUACAACUUGAGCAGAAAAGGACAAUCAGAAAGAGACUCUUGGAGGACAUUGCCACACAGCCCUGUGAAUGUCACCGUUAAUGGAAGUCCCUGCAUUCUUUUCUGGGCAAGGAGGAUAACGAUUAAAUUUAAAAAUCAUACACAGCUGGACUUGACAGAGAAGACAUUUGGCGUUCAUGCAACCGUGGAUGUUGGAGAUUCCAACUGCAGUGAAGACAGUGCAAUGCUUUCACUUAAGUUUGGUGACAUGGACAACCUCAAGGGGCUUGUUAUUAGAUUUUUAUUGACAAACAGUUAUUACAAGCUGUCUGUUCAGAACUGGUUUAGUUUAUACAGAAUACAGCUGCUUUACAACCAUUCUGUGCAAGCAACAUUUAAUGCAACCAGAAUAUAUGCUCCAGCAAGUUAUUCCUAUCACUGUGAACAUGUGAGCAGCUUGCAGAGGUAUGAUGCACUCCUGAUGCCCAGCUCCGCAAACGAUGUGUCCAGGCUCUGGGAAGUCACUUUUAUCGAUUUCCAGAUUCAAGGCUUUAACAUUGAAGGAGGACAGUUUGCUUAUGCCAAAGAUUGUGCAUCCUUUUUUUCACCAGCAAUUCUGAUGGGCUUGAUUAUGUCACUGAUUCUGCUUCUAGUCCUGGCCUAUGCUCUCCAUAUGUUGAUCCACCUGAAGUCUCUUGAUAGGCAUUAUGAAAGCAAAGCCUCUCCUGCCUAUUUUGCACAAAUGAAAGACCGUGACAUGGCAGAUGAAAAAGAACCACUGAGAAGCAAUGGAAAUGAGUCCUAUGAACUUAGAAGUCAACAGUUUUGUAAAGUCUAUAUUUAGAAGAGUGUGUCUCAUUCAGGCUAUUGGUAUUUUCUUUCUGCUAUUCUAUGCUGUUUAGUUGUACAGUAGCUAAAAGUGUUCACCAAAUGAUUUAUUUGAUCAAAGAAAAAAUAA